CUCAAUCAAUCGUGUCCUACAACCCAUCUGUAAAUCCGAUACCAUUUGGUGAUCCAACAAAGAGUCCAACACCCCUCGCUGCUUAACGCCCACUAUGACGUCUACCCAACCCAUCAACACCAGCAACUCCCCCGCCCCUCCCACCGUCGACGACACUCCAAUUUCCCCCAUCCAGUCCAAGGCGGGUCUCGAAAGGAGGAACUCGCUGGAGAAGCAACUCCAACUUCGCCCGGAGCCUCAGGAUCUGAAGAACCGCCAUAUCCUGUUGGACACCAGUGCCGCUCCAGCCCUCCAGUCCGCUCAGCAGGAGCUCGAGCGCCAACGCGCGGCGGACUCGCUGAAGAAGCAUCUGGCGAGCCGUCCCGAGCGCGACGACUUGGUCGAACGCAACAUCCUCCCCGACUCCAGCGCGGCCCCGGCACUCCAGGGACAUCAGAAGGAGCUGGAGAUGCACAUGCGGAAGGACAGCUUGGAGAAGCGGUUGCAGCACCGUCCCGACCCGAAGGAGCUGGUACAGCAGGGGAUUCUGGAAGCGAACGAGAAUCCCGUGAAGGAUGACUAGAUGAACGGCGGGUCGAAACGGCCGGACGGGUUGAGCUGCCAACAUGCGUGGGACGGAUGGAUUUCGGGACAACCAAAUACGUGGAAUCGCUAUAUAUUCAGUAGGUCUUAGGGUAUCAAUGUCUCACUGUCUCGCAAGGUUAAGGAAGAGUGCAUUCUGGCCGGCAUGUGUUGGCGAUGAAUCGUGAUGGACGUGCAUGCUUGUCGAGCGACCGGACCGUUGCAGACCGU